UGUGAACAGCGCUAAUCGUGAAAAAAUUAAAAUAUAAACAAAAAUGAGUGUAAUCUGUAGUAUUAAUUUGAAUAAACCACCAGAAGCCAUUUACUUACCUGGAGAAACAAUCUCAGGAAUUAUCAAAUACACAUUAAGAGAACCAAUGGAAACUGAGAAAAUAAUAAUCUCAUUAAAAGGUAUGGGCUACUUGAAGUUAAUUUAUAGAAGUAAUACCAACAACAAUACUAGAAACAAAAUCUACGUAACAGAUGAAGUUUACGUGGACAAUGACGCUAUAAUCCAUGAAGGGAAUUGGACUGUACCACCGGGAGAUUACGAAGCAAGAUUCUCCUUUCAAUUACCACAAAAUAUACCACCAUCAUUAACCUACUCGGUUAGAAGACCUUAUACCGUGUACAGCUACAUCAAGUACUACGUACGCAUAAAAUUCCAAAGAUCAGGCUUAUUUUCUUCGUCUAAACAUUUUAGGAAAAAGAUCAUUGUAGCUUCAAGCGUGACCCCAAGAUUACCAAUGGAACCUUACGUGUAUACAAAGAGCCAUAAUUUGUUCAAUCUCUUCUCGAGCAAAACAAGAACGGUACAUUUGAAAGGAAAUAUCCUCACCUCUGUCAUUCCAAACGGGGGCAAAAUCCAAAUACAGUGCGACAUACAUAACGAUACGAACCUCGAUUUGGACAGGGUUGAGAUAAAUCUGACUCAAGUUUAUAAAUUUAAGAUACUUAAUUAUAGAGAGAUCCCGUUCUAUGACGAUGUGCCUCCUUGUUAUAACAAAACGCAAGUUAUAGAACGUGGGGCUAAACAUAAAGUUCUUUUUGAAUUCAAUGUUCCAUUCGGUUGCGUGUCGUUAGAAAAUUCGAAUUUAUUGUCAAGAGAAUACAUAGUGACUAUAAUGGCUAAACUGCCAAUGCCUCACAGGAAUGUUAAAUUAUUAAUUCCAGUGCAGAUUGGUGAUAAUAUGGUUAUCCAUCACCAGGAGAUAGGUGAGGCUCCUCAAACUUACUGGGAAGCUAUGGGAGAAGGUGAAAAAGAUGAUGAUGAUGAACAUGAAAAGGAAUGACAAUUUUCACCUAU